AUGAAUCAGAUGCAUGGAACAGCUGCUGGAAGUCAAGAAUUGCUAGCUUGUGAAACCUGUGGAAGACAUUUUGCACAAGAUGUUCUGUUAAGGCACCAGCCAAUAUGCAAGAAAGUCUUCACCAAAAAGCGGAAGCCUUUCAAUUCUUUGAAACAGAGACUGCAGGGAACUGAAAUUCCCUCAGUGAAGAAACAGCCACCACCAAAGAAACAACCAGAAAAGAAAUCUAACUGGAGACAGCUGCAUGAGGACUUUAUUAAUGCUAUUCAAUCAGCCAAGCAAGUCACGAAAGCCAUGAAAGAAGGCCGACCCCUUCCUCCUCCUCCACCUCCAAGCAUCAAUCCAGACUAUAUUCAGUGUCCUUACUGCUUGAGAAGGUUUAACGAAGCUGCAGCAGAGCGGCACAUCAGUUUUUGCAAAGAACAAGCUACACGACGCGUCUUUGCACCAGGCCAGAAAGCAGGCAAACAGGCCCCGGGCAAGCAACAAAUGACUCAAAGGAGAGAACCAACCUUAACAAGUGCUGUGGAAUCACUGCUUCAGAACAGAGUCCAAGAAGCUGCCAUUGCAGGACCUGCUGUGCAGUCCUCUGCUGGAAUGCCAGAGAGAACCAAAAAAACAUCCAGUGUACCCUCUGGAAAAAAUACUUCAGGAGAUUCUCGGGGACACCAUCCUGUGAACUUGCUGCCAGCUGAUGUGAGAGCAAUAUGCAAUCUCUGGUAUCCCUCUGGGGAGAGAAGGAGACCAAGUCCAUCUGAAAUUGAUCAUAUGUAACAUCCUGGCAUGUGACAAGGCAGCCAAGCAUGGCCAGCAUGGGCACCACUGAGACCGGCAAACAGGCCAUGAGAAGAUAAAGGAUCCAGAAACACAAGACCCAGGAUGACUCCAACUGCUUUUGCUCAGAGCAGAAAACUUGCCUGUUUUUUACAAUGAGCUGGACUGAAUCCUCAGAACGGAGACCAGUCUGCUGGUAGAUACUGCGCAGAAGCAUCUUGAGGCUUAAUUGUGAGGGACACAGAGGAGGAAAAAUAGUUGUUCCAUGGACCAGGAGAUGCCUGAUGCAUUGCUGGGAUCUCAGAAUCAAUUUAGUGGAUCUGGGAUCCCAACCCAGAAGCACAGAUGAAUGAUACCUGAGCCAGCUUGGGAGGAGGAGGAAUCUGGAACCGGGGGCCCGCUACUGCAGAAGAACCUAAUCAGCAACAGCAGCAAACUAAAAACCACAGGAUCUUUGUGAAGUGGUUUACGGGAGAUGAAUGAACCCUGAAGGUUUUCUUUUGAAAAAAACAGAGUUUGUAGUGUGUUAUCUUUUCCAAUUUGCAUGAGUUCACCAGGUCUUGUCAGUUGAUGGCACUUUGACACCUGAAGACUUUUAGAAAGGAACUAUAUACACACAAUUUACAAAAACAAAACACAAACAAAAAAGAGCAUAUUUCUGUUUUGGUUUAUACAAACAAAUGUAACUUAAUGGCUAGAUAUAAUUUGUUAAUUACUACUGUGCUGAAACCAUGAAUAUAAAAUUACUUAACAUUUUCAUACCUGCCAUAUAUUUAUCCAACUUUAGUGGGGGUUUGACACUAUUUGUAGCUGUGGAAGAGUCACGGUGGGACCUUCUCUGAUCUUGCAUCCAGAAGGACUUUAGACCAGUCAUUGACUGCAACAAGAGCUGCCAUACAUAUGUGGAGGACUGUAACAUCAAGCUUAUGUUGCUAGAGUAGUUUAGCUGCCAAGGAACAUUUAUGCUACAGAUUGUUACAAUGAAUAAGUAUCAGAGGGGUAGCCAUAUUAGUCUGUAUGCUACCAGACUCCUCAUUGUUUUCACGAUGAAUUACCACUUGUCUGGACUAAACAAAGGCCAUCAUUAUCAACCAAAAGUGAACAGAGCUUGCUUGGAUGAGGAACAUAAUCUUUCCUGAGGCUGUGUCUACACUACAGACUGUACAGCAGCGCAGCUGUAAGGUCUCCUGUGUAGUUGUUCUAUGCCAGCGGGAGAGAGCUCUCCUGCCGGCAUAAUUAAAACACCUCCAAUGAGCAAUGGCAGAUAUGUCGGCGGGACAUAUCUCCUGCUGACAUAGUGCUGUCUACACUGGUGCUUUUGGUGGUUGCGGUGUAGUUUUGCUGACAAAAAAAAGCUAGUGUAGACAUAGCCUGAGAGUUAGAUUGUGCAAGGGGCUGAGUGCUGGCGUCAGUGGGACCACUCGUGCUUAAAGCUAAGUUUAGGCUUAAGUGCUUUCUUGGAUUAGGCCCAGAAUGCCUAGCAUCUUGCAGGAUUAAGGUCUAAAUGAAAAUUAAUGUGUUGUCUUAACCAUAUACUUCCUCUUCAGAAAAAGCCAUUUAUACAAGACAUUUAUUCUUAGGCUACAACAGUGGUAGUUAUUUCCAACCCUGGAGAAAACACCAUAUCUCCACACACAGUGGAAGUGCACCUCAAAAAAAAAAAGAAAUUUGAGUUCAACCUAAUCACCAGAGCAAAUAUUUUGUUUUUAAAAAAGUGAGAGGAGAUAAAAUAAUUGAAGGAAGUCACAACUUAAAUUAAAAAUUCUUAAAGCUCAGUGAUUAAGUGCUUGCCAUUAAAACCUACUGGACCCUCCUAGAUUCUACAUAUGAACAAUGUUCAAGUCAUUUGUAUAAACUAACUGCGAGUCAUGGCUCAUUUAAAAAGUUAUGUUUCCCACCCUCACCCCCAUAGCAGCCAUCAUGUUUUGUGCAUGUUCUAGAUACAUUUGUAUUUCCACUGAAGAACACUAGUUCAGCUAUUUAGUUUAAGUGUGAAAACAUGGAGGGUAUUGAGCAGAAAAGAUGGCAUUGUUGCAAGUGUCAUAUGCUAUGAAACUAGUAAGUAUUAGAUAAAAUACAUCUAUUCACUCUGUUACUUCCUGGAACAUUCUACAAUGUUUAUAAUGUCCUUUUUAAAAGUUCUUAAAUGGUUUGGGGCUUUUCUCCUUCAGAAAUCUGGGUAUGAAAAGGAGCCCUAAAAAAGAUGAUAGUUAUCUGAAUGCAUGGUGAAAAUGAGGCAAUGUUACAGAAUUUGUACUGGAUGAAAAAGAAUGGGGAUGAAGCUGGUUUAGGGCCACUCCACCCAGAGCUAGCUGUGCACCUUGCUGUUGGCUGAGGCAGCUCAGCCUGUGUGGUGCUUCCUCAUGACCAAAUGCCAUUGUGAUGUCCCCACUGUUGUUCUGGUUAUCACUCUGAGGGAACUGCCAGAAACCCAGUAUAUGAGUAAGAUCCAUGGAGGGCAUGUUAAUAGAUUCAACUGUUGUCACAGUCUCCUUGUGCAAUAUGUACUUGCCAGCAUCGCCUGUACCCCCCGAGGAAGCUUCUUCCAGAUUGACUUUGUGAGGUUCUGGUAAAGGCAGGUCCUCGAGCAAGUUCACAUUAUGAGCUUUAACAUCCACUUCGAUGGGUAGGUUUUUGAGGGAUGCUGGUGCAAAUGAGGUAGUACUCAGUUCAUAUUUGUUGUGCUGAUGAAGAUUCUGGUUGGUAGGAAUUGAUGGUGGAGAUGGUUUAGAAUGAGUGGCUGAGAGACUAUCUACACAGCUCAUCCUUAGCAAGUGAGGAGGUUCCAGAGGAUGAGUAGACUGUAGGCUUUGUUGACAGUGAAUAUGUGGGCUGCUAUACUCUUCUGCAUCCAAUGUGUUCAGAAUCCCAUGCUGCAUAGAAGCCCUCUCAGGAAAAGAGGACAGGAUACUGGCAUCUUCCUUCAGUCUGAAUGGAGAGAGAGGGUCAAAGAGACCCUGAAAGUCACCAUUCUGCAACCUGCCCUUCAGCAGCUCUUGUGCAUGUGUUUUCUUCAUGUGGCGAGUCAAGUGGUCCUUGCGCCCAAAUCUCUGGGCACAAAACUGGCAGAAGAAGUCCUUGCAGCCUGUGUGAACCACCAUGUGACGCCGCACAUCUUUGCGGGUGUAGAAAUAGCGUUCACAAUGGUCACACUUAUGUUUCUUUUCCUUGGUGCCACUGCCUGGCUUCCCUGCAUGAGUUUUGAGGUGUUCUAACAACACUUCUGUGCCUCCGAACUCUUGGGAGCACAUCCUGCAGGUAAGGUCCCCACUGGUGGCUGCAUGAAGAGCCAGGUGGCGUUUGUAACCCAGCUUGGUGUUGUACUUCUUGCCACAGUCUUCACACUUGAAGGCCAUUUUGUUGGGAUUGUGAGUCUGAAGGUGAUUUUUCAGGUGGUCCUUUCUGUGGAAGGUCUUUUCACAGUAACCACAUUGGUGAGAUUUCUGUGGAGAGUGGGUGGCCGAGUGCCUAAAACAGAAGAACAACAACAUGUUUACGGAACUCAUGCACACAAGUGGAAUACAGCUUCAGAAUGUGAAGGCACUUGCGCUCUCUAGGGUAACAGUUUUGAAAAAGACAGACUCUAUUAAAUAGCAAACCAGUGGGUUUUUUAUAGUCUGUAGAGUUAGAUUAACAUUACUGCAAAAAACACCUUUUUGAAUAGCAAUUAUAAAUUGUACUUGAGAGGCAGAGAAUAGCUAGUGGCUACAACAAAGGACUGGGAGUUGGCAUACCUAUUGUCCUGCCACUGACUCGUUGGAAUACAAUGGGAAAACUCAUUCAUCCUCCCUGUGCCUGUUCUCUCAUCUGUAAAAGGGGUAUAACACUUACUCUCAAAAGUGAGGUGAGACGUAAUCAAUUUAAUGUUUGUGAAGUGCUCAAGUUCCUUAAAAGAAAGGAGUCACAUAUAAGCCCACCUACUUGGGGCUCAGAAUGGAUAGUUGUAAGCAACACAUGGCAGUGAAUCUGUUUUUUUUCAUGCACCUUGAACAGCAUUUAUUUAAAUCUUAACAUCCUGUAUAGAAAUAUGACCAAUGGAGUUUGGCGAGUAGAUGUCACUAGUGCCAAGAAAAGACCUCUUUUCCUCCCCACACUCCCACUGGGAAGGGCUGCUAUCCCUUCAGGAGCUGUACCUUAUCAGUUUAUAUUUGGAAAUGAAAGCUUUCAUGCAUCCUGGCUGGGAACACCUGUAGGGACGCUCUCCUGUGUGGGCGUAAGUGUGGGCUGUGAGCUUUUCAACAGAAACAAAUAUCUUCCCGCAGAGUCGACAGUGAUAACUGUCUGGCUGCUUCGCUUCUCUUUCCUUUGGUAGUGAAGACUGAUCAUUUCUCCAUGUAGGCACAAACCUCACAAUGGAACCGCAAACACUUCCUGAGCUGGCACAGGUAGACUUUGCACUAGGGGAACAGGAAAUGGCCCCAUAGCACUGGACAAUGCUUGUGCCCAAGCCAGUUUCACUCAGUUUGCCUUUGGUUUUGCCCUUGGCUUUUAGAGGUUCUAAUUUAUUUGCUGCUCUGAAGCUGGUGAGAAGUGCUUUGUCUUUACUGGUGCAUUGGUGAGAUUCCAGCAGAGCUAAAGUCCCAAAAACGUUACUACAAUUGGAGCAUAUCCAGGCGUCGGCACGCUCUCUCUGCAAUGAGAACAGAAACAGUUCCCUCAGAUUAACCAUUACAAAGAGAGAGAGGUCACAUUCUUCUCACCAGCCCUAUGUCGUCUUUAGUCUUCCCAAGGCCUCUCGCUUCCCUUGGUGACAGGCACAGCUCGUAACUGUGCCACCCAGACUGGUGUUCAGUUGGAGACGUAGUAAUCUUAGCUGUGUACAAGCAUGAAAACAAAUGAUUGGGUAAAUGAUUAUUUCCAUGUUGUUGUCUGGUGUUUAUUGCUAUUCUAGUUCUCAUUGAGCCUUGGGUGAUUUUUUUUUCUCUGCAUAGUAAAUUUCAGUGUCUCUUGCGCUUCCAUAAUAAGAACAAGCACAGUCACAGUUCCAUAGUUAAGACUGAGUCAAGUUUUUCACUUAAUUUUACACUGAGAGCAUUCUGCAGUACUGCAGCUAUACAGAAACCAUGGGCCUGUGGGAUUAUUUUGCCAACAAUGCAGAGUAUGUAUCUCUCUCUCUCUCUCUCCAUAGAGACAUGGAGAACAAAGAAAAUAAUGAGAUGUAAAAGCUUUUGUGCUUUAACACUGGGUGGUGGGAGACAGGCUGUAACAUGCAGCAUAGGUAUGACAAAGAGUUAGGACAUAAGCUAGAGCAGUGAAUGGGUGAGAGGACAACCUUAAGGAUUGGUGUACUCAGUUUCCCAAGAAUACGUGCCAGCAUGUUAGCCUUUCCAAAGUUUACCAUUACAUGCCAACACUGUAUCGUGCUCUGUGUAGAGUACAAGUACCGUACAGAAAGUAAUAGAGCUCCAGGUAAUACUUUUUUCUUUUGCUAUUUGAUUGAAACUGUUAAUUCAACGUUAGACUAGUUGACAAUCAUUUUCAGUCAUGUGAACUGAGGCAAGGUGAGCAGGUAAGUUUUCUGAGAUAAGGCCAGGUGUUGGCUUGGAUGCAAUCCUUGGACACUUACUGUUGUUAAAACUGGUGAUAAAGCACAGCUAUCAGACUCUUCUUUGAUGACAACUGCAGAAGCUUCCAUAAACUUGGCGUAAUCUGCAGCAUACCACACUUUUAAUUCUGUGUGGGGUUCAAUUGGCUGUGAAUGGAAAAAAAUCCCCAGUGUUUACUUGUAUUGUCUGUUUCUAUAGGAAACUUUUACAUCUUAUUUAAAACAGGUGAUAGUCUAGUUGUUACCUUUACAGCAACUGUUUUCUUCAUAUCUGCUUAAACCAUUGAUAGCUUAUGUGAUGCUGUAUGGAAUAUGGGUGACCAUUUAUAAUAUUAUUGAUACCAAUAUUAUAAAAUUGCAAUGAAUCUUACAAGAUGCACCAUGUAAGGUAUCAGUGGAAAAGUUCUGAUUUGCUAAGUAUGAUGGCCUUGUUUUUUUAAUUUGUAAGUUACAAAUAUGUAUGAUAUAUCUGCAUCUCCAACCCGUGCUGUGUUUCUGGAUGACAUUGCUGAGGCCGAUCUGUCUGGGACCAUCUAACCUAUUGGAUGGCCAAUCAAGGGCAAUCAACUCUACAAUGAACCCAUUUAGAGAAGCCAGGAGCUAUGCCUAUGAGUCAGCAAGACAUGAGGGACAUGUUGUGGACAGGGGAUUACAAGAGCUCUUCCACGCCCAUGAGCUUGGGUUUGGGACAGAAGAUGUACAGGCCACAUGGCAAAGGAUAUUGAAAGGCAGCUGCAUCUUCUCCAUUUUGUCUUCAAUCCUGCUUCUCACCUCUGGAGUAAUUUCUCUGCAAACUGAAGCUUUGAACAAAGGACUGAUAGACCCAUCCAAGCUUUGGAUGUGUUCCAGAGGGACUCUACAAGCCGGCAAAGUCACCAGUUCUGCUAAGAACCUGAUAUAUGAUGUAUGUAUAUAAUUGCUUUCACCAUUUAACGACUCUUCUCAUUCUUUUCUAAUAAACCUUUGGUUUUAGAUACUAAA